AUGAGUUCUGUCACUGCCCAUGCACUCGUUACCAUCAUCCAAGCAAUUGCAGAUGGUGGCCAGACCAUUCCGUCAGCAGCCGUUCACCCUGGACAGAAAGAUCACACAGCCGAUUGUGAUGUUGAAGACAAUGCUGAUGAGGGAGCUGAGGCUACUCCAGCCUCCACCACCACUCCACCGCUCUCCUCCACCACACUGGCACCCGAUAUCGGCAUUGGGACCAACGCAGACUUAGUUGGGCUUCCGCCCAGAUCAGUUUCGUAUAAAGGGUUCCCAUACGAGAUUCCGGAUCUGUCUGCUGAAGGGCCCUUCUACUGCGUGAUUAAAGGCAAACGUGUUGGAGUUUUGGCCACUUGGGAAGACACUUCUCCCCAAGUCACGGGGGUCAGUGGUGCUAUCCAUAGCCGCUGUCCGUCAGUUGAAGUAGGCGUUGCACGGAUCCAUGCAGCCAUUGAACGCAAUAAUUGUCAGUACUUGGGGGCGUGA